CCUUAACCAGGACUUUUAACAUCAUCCCUUCACUUCUUCUCCGCACUCAAUAAGACAAAAAACCCAAGAAGUUUCUAGGGUUUCAAAUAAAAAUCAAAACAAAGAAUAAAUAAAAAUAAAAACUUUCAGGAUUACUCUCUUCAAUUUCAACAUUCAGAUUCCAUUUCAUGUGCGUACUUCCAGUAUUUCUUAAUCUUAUUCGUUUGAUUGUUUGUUUUUGUUGUUGAAAGAUGAGUUGCAUUCAGGGAAAUGGGUUGUGCAAGUCUGGUGUGGUUCUGCCGAACAGGGCUGAUUUGAGGAGCGUGCCGUGCAAGACAAGUAGGGCGUUGGUGACGCUGAAUGGGACGACGUCGUACCCACUAUUCAUGCCUCGGUUGAGAGGGCGGCAACCACGAGGGGUUGUUUGCGUUCUGGGAGGCAAAGACAAGUCAGAAGACGAGAAACAUCCAUGGGAAGCUUUUGGAAAAAAUAUGGGAAAUUUGAAGGGACAGUCAAUUGAGGAUUUGCUUCGACAGCAGAUUGAGAAGAAAGAAUACUAUAAUGGAAGCGGUGGCAAGAGUCCGCCACGUGAUGGUGGUGGUGGUGGUGGCAGCAGCAGCGGUGGAAAUGGUUCUGGAGAUUCAAGGGAUGAAACUGGAAAACGGAUAUUAGCAACAAUUUUCGUCAUACUCGUGUACAUUUGCUUCAUAGAUGGUGUUGAGCUGGUUCGGUUAACAAACGAUUUCAUAAAGUAUCUCCUUAAAGGAAAAAAGAGCGUCCGCUUGAAGAACACUAUGUAUAAAUGGGAAAGAGUCUGGAAAAUCCUGACAGAGAAGGUUUGUGAGAAGUUUCGGCAAGAGACGAACAACUCAGCAUGGCUCAACUGUCCCAAGUAUAGGCGUCUUCUUUGAUCUUACAUUCUUUACAAAAUGCUACCCAGUGAUCGAACAUGUUUGCAGAGUCAUCCUUCUUGUAGUUUUUCAGUGUUCAUUUCCCGGUGCACCGUGCAGAUUGUCUGCAACUGUGAUAUGGAAUUAGUUUUAAUACUUGAUUUGUGUUCUUUUUGAGAUGUUUCAAGAGACGAUCGAUUUAGCCAUCAUGUCAACAGAGAAAGUUUCUUUAGUGCGCCAUAUGGUAGAAACCAAAUUAAAAUAAUUGAUGUGUGUAUCAUCAAUUUAUAGAAGAGUUGAGUUUGCAUAAAA